UCGGCGUCCAGACCCUGGAUUUUCAUUCAGUUCCGCAACGAGAGUCCAAGAUGAGAACUAAAUUGUGCGUAUACUUUUUCUUCAGUGCUUACGUUUUUAUCUCAGCUAAUGCACUGCCCUCGUCACUGGUUAAGGAAAUUGAGAAAAAUGAAGUUCAGAAUAAAAAAGUAAAACGUGACUCCGGGUUACCAGCAGAGCCACGUGGAGCUAAGGAGAGUGUGGGCGAAACUGCAUAUUUUAAUCAAAAACCUGCAGUGGCUAUUAAGCGAGGAAUUAAGCCGAUAAGUGAAGAUUUUUAUAAAUCUACACAAGGUCAUUUGAACACUCCGUUAUUUUGGUACAAUUACAAGCCCGAGACUGAAAACUCUCUUGCUCAGUACAAUAAACUUAUGAAUUUUAAGGAUGGCAACAGCAAAGCUCGUAAUGGCGCUUUAGAAAUGAUGAAAGCAGAGCUUUAUGGAAAUCCAAAUUUGGAUCAUUAUCGACAGUACAGACCCAAGCGUAAUGCAAAGUUAAGGCCUGAAGAGGUACUUGCAUUACUAACUCUAUAUGAAUUCAACAAAAAUAAAGAAGCUAAUAAAGAUUAUCGAGAAGCUUUAGCCGAAUACGCCAAUAACUACAUGAAUUUUAAAAGGCCUACCUCAGACUCCGGAUAUGACUUAGAUGAGAGUGACAACGAGAGAUGGUUAACGUCUCCGGUUAAUCCACACGCCUAUAUAAACCAACCUCAAAUAUCAGAUCAUCUGUACGAUUACGAACUAAACAUGCAGAACUCCGACAUUAAACCUCACUGGGCGAAUUAUGAUGAGAAGUACUAGAACGAAGAAACAUUGUUCUAAAUUAUAAUAUUUAUGUGUUGUAAAAUGUAUGUUAAUAUUCUUAUUUUGUUUAAAUGAAAAUAAGAAUCUAAAUGUUAUAAUAUACUUAUAAUAUAUCUAAGUGUUGUUCAAUUACUUAAUAAAUAAUUACAUGUU